AUGGAGUUGGAGUGCACCAUGGAUGAGCAGGACGUCGUUGUGCUAGACACAGGGUCCGGCUUCCUGAAGGUUGGCUUCUCGGGGGAAGAUGCCCCACGGGCAGUGCUUCCGACUGCAAUGGCCACCGCCAUGGCCGAUGAAUCUAGGGAAGACGAGGCUGCUGUCACGGGUGAUUCCGCUGCGCAGAAGAAGAGUCAAGUCUUCUACGGCGAGGAAGCCAUCCUGCAGGAAAACGCGCAGAUCACUCGGCCAGUGCAGCGUGGUGAGAUACAACUCACACAGCCAGAGAAGGAAGCCAUGGAGAACCUUCUCGAGCAUGUGUUCCGAAAUGUCUUGGGCGUUGAGCAGGAGGACCUGCCUUGCCUCAUCGCGGACACAAUGCCUCUGGGCCAGAGUUCCUAUGCCACACGCCAGUGGAUAGCAGAGGUCAUGUUUGAGAAGAUCAAGGUAAAGUCCUUGGCGAUCUUCAACACAGCUGCCCUCAGCUUGUUCUCAACAGGCCGCACCAGAGGAUUGGUAGUAGAAAGUGGCGAGGGGAUCACGCAGGCUGUUCCCGUCUUCGAGGGCUACGCGAUACCGCACGCGAUCUUUAAAAUGAAGGUCGCGGGGCAUGACAUCACGCAGCGCCUGCAAAGCAUGAUGGCCGAAGAGCUGGGGACAAAGCAGAGCCAUCGAACAAUGCAAGCCAUGAAGGAGAAGGUUUGCUUUGUGGCGCCUUCUGGAAGCGGCGGCAUACCAGCCGACGCGCUGGACAGCGGCGACGAGGAGGCUAGGUCCUUUGAGCUGCCGGAUGGGCAAAUCAUCCAGGUCAAGGAGAAGAUACGGACGGGAGCCACUGAGAUCCUGUUUGGCGGCGAGGGCGAGGCCUCCAUGCCAAAAAUUUGCCUUGAUGCCAUCAACACGGUGGACCUUGACUUCCGGCAGGACUUAGUGAAGAGCGUUGUGGUGGCAGGCGGCACUUCGAUGUUGUUGAACUUGGCGCCGAGGCUGAGAUCGGAGCUCAAGAGCACGCUGUCAUCGGAGCUUUCCAAGACGGUGGAGGUGGUGAGUGACUCUCAGCGCCGCUUUGCCGCAUGGAUUGGCGGCUCCAUGUUCGCCUCCUUGUCCACCUUCGACCAGGUGGCCAUCACCAAGCAGGAGUACGAAGAAGGGAAGUCCGACGUGCGUGGGCUCGUUGCCAGAAAAACCUUCUGA